AUGUCGCCUCUAAUUCCUCGCUUACAUCUCUUUGAGAUUGACGACCAAUCCUGGUUCCAUCCAUAUCUGCGCGCCCGUGUCCAAGAUGGCCUCAUGCACGCCUGGACCUUUAGCCUGCCAUUUCUCUGGUCCAGCAGCCCUGCAACGCUGGUAGCCAGUAUCCUCCAGCGCACGCUUGGCUCGCUGGUCUCGCAAUACACGUUUAUCGACUUUUGCGCCGGCGCCGGAGGGCCUACGCCGUUUAUCGAAAAGGCCCUCAAUGCCUCGCUGUCGCGCGCGUCGUCAUCCUCGGUCCUGCCGCCGCCCUCGACCACGGACGCCGCCUCGAGGGUGACGCCCUCGUACGCCGACAUGGCGGGCAGAGACAGCAACGGUUCGGCAAAUGCGGGACAAGGAGAGGGCUCGGACUCGAGAGCCGUCGACUUUGUCCUCACGGACCUGCACCCACAUCCCAGCUCGUGGGCGCAAAUCGCCGCCGCCUCCAAGCACGUCACCUACGUACCGUUUCCCGUCGACGCCUCGGACGCCCCCGAGGGCCUGAUCCAAAAGUACAAGGCGCGGGGCCGUCGCGUGUUUCGACUCUUCAACCUGGCCUUUCACCACUUUGACGACCCGUUGGCGCGCGCCAUUCUCAAGAACACGGUCGAGACGAGCGACGGCUUUGGCAUCUUUGAAAUGCAGGACCGCAGUUUUGGUAGUCUGGUCACCUGCUUCAUGUACGGCUUCUUCAUUAUGCUCUGCGCCCCCUUCUUUUACUGGUGGAGUCCCAUUCGCCUCUUUUUCGUCUACGCCAUGCCGAUUGUGCCCUUUGUGCUCGUCUUUGACGGCAUCGUUUCGAGCCUGCGAACGAGAACGCCCGAGGAGGUCGAAAUCCUGUUGCGAACGUGUGGAGCUGAUACGAGCGAAUGGGAGAUCAAGAGUGGUCGGGAGAGGUUCUUGUGGCCAACGGGGUACCUGAAUUGGAUUGUGUGCACCAAGAAAUCAUCAUGA